UUAGAAGAAAGAACAAGAACGAAAGCGAAGAAAACAAAAAAAAAUCAGAGCUCGUGUUUUUACAUAUUUUGUAGAAAAUGGAACUGCGUAGCCGAACUCACAAUAAAUUAGUGGAAUUCCUAAGAAGCGCUGGCGUUUAUGAGAAUGGCAUGGAAGUAGAAGAAAUGCGCGAGCUAGUUGACACCAUAGAAAGGUCGGCCAUUACCGAAACGGAUGAUCCAGAACUGGAAAGGGCUUUGCAGGAGAGCGAGAUGGAGUUUUUGGCCUCGCAGCCGAGUGCUUUGCACAACUCAACGAUGAUCAUGUCGCCACAGUUGCUCAGUAGGAACUCCGAGGGCUUGGACAGUCCUCCCAGCGAGCCCGUUCGUUUGACUAUUCGGGCUUUGGUCCAUCAUGCCAUGGACUGGAGUCCCACAGCCGAGAGGCGAAUCCCUGCUCGAAAGCGCAGUGCUGAGGUUAACAACCAGAUCAUUGAAUCGGAUGGCAAACGUUCUAGACCGGCAGUAAUCCAAAGUGGCCAGAAUCCUCAGGAUCAGGAUCACGAUCUGGAUAAUGAGAAUCCCGACGCCUCACUCGUUUCUCAGGGCAACGAUGGCGAUUCCGGCGUCAAUUGGGAUGAAGUGUCCUUUUCCAGCGCCAGUGAGUCCAGCUCCUUGUUUUCCAUUGGCGAAAUGCCUGAUCGCCAUUUGAUCAGCACCAGCAGCGUUGCCGUCUCCGAUUUGUCAGAAUAGCACGAACACAGCCAAGCCUGAAAGUCUCUCUCAGUAUCUUGUAGGUCUCAAGUGAACUCAAUUAGAACCUAAAUAAAAAAAAUGCAUUCAUAUAGCCAAAGUUUGUGUUAACUUGAUGUCAAAUAUGUUUUCCUAUCUAUUUUAAUUAUAUGUAUGCCUCAAAAAGAGAUUAUUUCCAACCAAAUUAAUGUGCCAAAAUCUUAAAGUACAACUUUAGCUAAAAAGCUCAAUGUCAAACUAAAUUUAAUAAAUGAAUAAUGAACCAAUAAA